CCGGUUACCAUGGGAACCUGGACGCGGCUCUCCCGGAUCCCCUGGGAUUUGGUCUGGGCUCCCACCCCGGUGCUGCUGCGUGCAGGAGGGGGACACCCAGGAGGGGUCUCACCCGACCCAGCUCCGGGUGAGGCUUUAAAACGACCCGCCCAUGGCUUCGCAGGAGAGGACGGAGACCGCGGCCAAAGGAGCGAGACUCUGGCACUCCCCCAAGAGCGCCACGUACACCCCGGAGACCUGCGAGCUGCUCCGAGUAAUGAUGAAGGAAUCCCAGCUGACCAACCUCCAGCAGCGCCACAUCAUGGACACCAUAAAAAGAGGAGACCCUUUGCCCCUACAAUGCAACCCGACUUCCAGCCCGAGAAGAUGCUCUGUCAAGCAGCCCACCUCCAGCCAUCUGCCCCCCAUCCUGACCGCCCGCUCCGGCCUCCGGCCUGCCAGUUUGUGCCAGGCCAAUGGGGCCUACAACAGGGAGCAGUUCAAGCCUCGAGCCACAAGAGAUCUGGACAAGGAGAAACGAAGGCUCCAAAACAUCUUCGCCACUGGGAAGGACCAAGAGGAACGGAAAAAGAAGGAAGCCCCUGUGCAGCAGCAGGACCCAGGCCCCGAGGUGGACCGGUUUGAAGAACUGGUGAAGGAGAUCCAGGACAGGAAAGAAUUCCUGACUGCCAUGGAGGCCCUGGGGCAGGGCAAGCAAUACCGAGGGCUCAUCCUUGCUGAGAUCUCCCAGGUAGAAGCAGCAGCCAGAAAGUGGGGAAAGGGAGGGUACCCCAGGAGGGGGGGCCCCAGGAUGGCAGGACCCUGAGCCAGCUGACCCCAGUUUCCCCUUACAGAAACUCCGGGAGAUGGAAGACAUUGACCGCAAGAGGAGCAAGGAACUUAGCAAGGUUCUGGCCUCCACGUAAGAUGGGCAGGCCAGCGCAGCCUGGCCACAGGAGCCCACCCACACCGGCCUCCAGCCAUGUCAGCUGGUAGCGUGCCACUGCCUUGAUGUACAGAAACCAAGGGGCUCCCUCGACCCUCCAGGGAUGUUUGGCACCCACAGUCAGACACAGACUUGGAAUGCUGGAAUCUUUUCUAGGGCGAGCGCCCAGACCCAGUGAAGGCAAGGCCUAAGCCUCACCCAUCCCGGACAUGCUGCAAGGCCCCCCAGCAGUUCCUCCCACCACCCACCACCGCAGCCUCUGGGGAUCCCGUUUGUGGCCUUUCUAACUUAAGAAUGAAGAGGACUCCUUCCAUCUGCUGUCUUAGGACCUAUUAUUUAUUUGACUUUUUGUAGCCUCUGCAAGGAUUAAUUGGCCUUAAUAAAACACAUUUAACUUGGGGGUCUCCACAUGCAACUCCCUGUUUUCAGAGGGAAAGUUAUUUAGAACUUGUCAAGAAUACAUGAUUUCCAUCCAACAGGCUGCUGUAUGGAAAGAAAAUCGUGAGUCUCCAGUUAACCACCAGAAAGCUGGAGCACCACCCUUGAGUG